AUGAGCAGCCCGGCAGCGGCGGCUGGUUUAGCACCCGAGUGGUCAGUGAUGCUCAGCGGGCAGUUUGCACCUUACGACGCUCCCGUAUCGCGCGCCAUCGAAGAGGCGUUUCAACGUGGCGACGACGAGAUCAUCGCCACGAUUCGAGGCUCGCAAUACGUGAUUGCGCUCAAGCCGCCGUCUGCGAUGAAGCAGCAGCUCGUUUCCGAUCCCUCUCGGCAGCGGGCCGUCAGGCGCGUGCCCGCACCGGCGACCGCGGAACCAGCGGUGAGCAAGCGCAAGCGUGAUGCGGACGAGGCAGACCCGGUGUCUGAUCCGGUCCAGCUCAUGGACGGGCUUUCCUACACGUGCACAUUCCACGACUCCGCGUCGUCCAAGCAAUAUCACGGCGGAUCAGACGUCUCAAUCGAGUUCACGUGCAGCGUGCCAGGCAUGAACGGCACCAGCUGCUACGACUGGCGAAGCACCAAGGGCUUCCUCUUGAUUGGCCGCGACUCGAUGCCUCCGCUCCUCACCCUCAAAAUCAGCGACUCGAUCAACCAUCUCGGCGGCCACAGCUUCAGCGGAGGCAGCAGUGGCCACGUUUACCGCACCUCCUUUGCAAAGUGUCCGGGCGCUUCGAUCGACCCCUCGUCGACGAUGUUGAUCAAGCUCGACGAGCAGGGCCUUGCCGACGCUGAGAGAGUCCGCCGCACCGCGCUUCAGCACCGACCGGCCUUUGUGGCGCUGCUCGACGCGUGCGGCGGUGGCUUCAAUGUCGAGCUCACCUCCACUCACGCCACGAACAAGGCGACGUACAUCACGCUGAAGGCGGAGACGCCACGCGGCUCGACGUUUGAUCUCGACGUCCGCAUCGGAGGCGCGCACAUGUCGCAAUCGCGCGUGACCCGCAAGCUCACGGCUGACCUGGUCGGCAGUCUGCGCGAGUUUGCGGCGCUCGGCGACGGUGCGGGGACGUAUGGCCGCAUCACUCUCACUGCGACCGGCUCGGACCUGGAGGUUGGGCCAGACAGCUUCUCGAUUGCCACAGCGGCGGCGCGCACGACCGGUGGCAGCUACUACCAGCCAACCAUGGCCUACCGGAUGAGGAUGUUCAUGAGCCAGAAGCCCUCGUCGGUUGACCUGCGCGUCUCCGACUUCAAGAGGGUCACUAAGGCGGGGAAGCCGCUCCCGCCGCUCGCAAAGCUGCGUGGGAUUGAGAGGAAGGAGCGGAAGCUGGUGGACAACGUGUCUGCGAAUGUGCCAGGCGGACGGGUGCUCGCCGUGAUGGGGCCGUCGGGCGCGGGCAAGACCACCAUGCUCAACAUGCUCACCCUGCUCACCGGCAAGGGCAACGCCACGGGAUACCUGACGCUCAACGGCCACCCGCUCACUCCGGCGCUCUACGCGCAGCACUGCGCGUACGUGACGCAGCAGGACCUCCUCUGGACCUUCCUCACGUGCCGCGAGCACCUGCGCAUGGCCAUCGACCUGUACCGCCCCUCGCUCUCCGCCAAGGAGCGCGAGACCGCGAUCGACGACCUGCUCGACUCGACCGGUCUGAUGAGCUGCCAGCACACCAAGGCGGGCAACAUGUUCUUCCGCGGGCUGUCGGGCGGGCAGAAGCGGCGCCUGUCGCUCGCGAUCGCGCUGGCGAAGCGGCCGUCCGUCAUCUUCCUCGACGAGCCCACCUCGGGCCUCGACUCGGCCGCCUCCGCCAAGAUCAUGUCCUUCCUCAAGGUGAUUGCGCAGCGCACCAAGAUCGCCAUCGUGUGCACGAUCCACCAGCCGUCCGCGUCGGUCUUCGAGGGCUUCGACGACACGCUGAUCCUGUCGGGCGGCCACAUCGCCUACUUUGGCCCCGCGGCGCAGCUGGCGCAGCACCUGGCCGACGUGGGCAGGCCGAUGCAGCCCAACGCCAACCCGGCCGAGUACGCGCUCGACGUCGUCAACGCGGACUUCACGUCGCCGGGGAGCGUCAAGGAGGUGCUCGACGCGUGGCCAAAGUACGCUCCGACGCAGCAGCGCCGCACGCCGCGGCCGCUCGCCCCGCGGCCGCAGCAGGCCACCUUUUGCGGCCAGACGCUCACGCUGCUCAAGCGGCACGCGGUCCUGACAGUGCGCGAGCCGGUGCUGUACGUGGCGCGGAUCGUGAUGAUCUUCGCGACGACGCUCUUCUUCUCAAUCGUGUGGAUCAAGACGCGCGAGCUGACGCAGGACCAGGCCCUCCCAAAGUUCUUCCUGAUGGCCUUCUGCGUCGGGGGCGCACGCCGACGCCCAAUGCCGGCCGAGUCGAGCUCAGCCGCGCUCGAGGGCGCGGACGAGGAGGCCGGCGGAGGACGCCAGACUCCGCUCGCGCGCGUCACCCGCGCCAGCACCGAGGGCAACACGCCCGGCUCUCCUCGGGUCGGCGCCAUCCGAGCGGCGAUCCGGUACUCCAUGGCCAGGGCCUCUCGGCUCUCGCGCCGUGGCCCGCGCAUGGCGACGAUGCUCGUUGGCGACGAUACCACUGAGCUCGCCUUCAUCAAUUGCUCCUACACCAUCCAGGUCACUAAGGCGGGGAAGCCGCUCCCGCCGCUCGCAAAGCUGCGUGGGAUUGAGAGGAAGGAGCGGAAGCUGGUGGACAACGUGUCUGCGAAUGUGCCAGGCGGACGGGUGCUCGCCGUGAUGGGGCCGUCGGGCGCGGGCAAGACCACCAUGCUCAACAUGCUCACCCUGCUCACCGGCAAGGGCAACGCCACGGGAUACCUGACGCUCAACGGCCACCCGCUCACUCCGGCGCUCUACGCGCAGCACUGCGCGUACGUGACGCAGCAGGACCUCCUCUGGACCUUCCUCACGUGCCGCGAGCACCUGCGCAUGGCCAUCGACCUGUACCGCCCCUCGCUCUCCGCCAAGGAGCGCGAGACCGCGAUCGACGACCUGCUCGACUCGACCGGUCUGAUGAGCUGCCAGCACACCAAGGCGGGCAACAUGUUCUUCCGCGGGCUGUCGGGCGGGCAGAAGCGGCGCCUGUCGCUCGCGAUCGCGCUGGCGAAGCGGCCAUCCGUCAUCUUCCUCGACGAGCCCACCUCGGGCCUCGACUCGGCCGCCUCCGCCAAGAUCAUGAAAUUUAUGAAGGAGAUCGCGAUGCAGGCAAACAUCGCCAUCGUGUGCACGAUCCACCAGCCGUCCGCGUCGGUCUUCGAGGGCUUCGACGACACGCUGAUCCUGUCGGGCGGCCACAUCGCCUACUUUGGCCCCGCGGCGCAGCUGGCGCAGCACCUGAAGGGCGUGGGCCGGGAGCUUCCCGCCAACGCCAACCCGGCCGAGUACGCGCUCGACGUCGUCAACGCGGACUUCACGUCCAAGGCGUCGGUGCUCGAGGUGCUCGACGCGUGGCCGAAGCACGCGCCCCCGGUCUUCCUGCGCGAGCCGCAGCAGCUCGGCGAGCGCGGCGCCGUGUCCGGCUUCGUGGGGCAGGUGCUGCUGCUGUUCAAGCGGCACGCGGUCCUGACAGUGCGAGAGCCGAUGCUGUACACGGCGAGGAUGGUGGUCAUCUUUGCGGUGACCGUCUUCUUCUGCGUCGUCUACCUCGAGUCGCGCCAGCUCACGCAGGUGCAGAUCAUGCAAAAGGCCUUCUACGUCUUUUGGUUCGUCUGCGUGCCGGUGGCCUUCCCCGUCAUCGCCGUCUACGCGCUCAACGCCGAGUUUGUGACGGUGAAGAAGGAGGUCAAGGACGGCAUGUACGGCCCGAUGGCGUACGCGCUCGCAAACGGCCUGCUGCAGCUGCCGAUGAUGUUCGCCUUUGGGCUCUGCGCGAUGCUGCCCACCUACCUCAUCCUCGGCUGGCCGUGGCACACCUUCCUGACGACGCUCGCCCUCUUCUCCGCGCACUGCUGGGCGUUUGAGUGCAUCGCGCAGUUCUUCUCGCUGAGCGCCAACCCGCUGGUCGGGAUGCUCAAGUACCUCAACGUCUGGUUCAUCUCGGCCCUCUUCUCGGGCCUCGUCUUCCGCGGCCGCGACGUCAUCUGGCCGCUCCGCCUCCUCUACUACUGCCUGCCGAUGAAGUGGUUCUUCGGCGCCACCGCGUACUCGAUCAUGGCCUCGUCGCCGCCCUACGAGGGGACGCUAGCCUGCAACAGCACCGGCGCCGGCGCCGUCUCCUACUGCCCGGACGAGGGCUUCUACUGCCCCUCGACCGAAGAGGACCCCUUCGGCCUCUCCUGCUAUGGCGAGACGGGGCCGCAGAUCCUCGACUCGCUCUCCAAGACCUACGACGCGAUCUCGAGCGAGAACACCGUCCUUACCGACCUGAUCGCCAUCCUCGCCAUCGGCGUCUUCUUCAAGGUCAACUACUGCGUCUACCUGUACGCGAGCUGCACGGCGGGCAGGAUGCCGAACCCGCCCCGCCAAAUCAAGAUUUGAGACGCGGCGCGUCAUGCAGCAGCACACCUCCAUGCGGCGGCGCGCGGCGCUCGCUACCCCGAUGCGCCUACCCUCUGUCACUCGCCGCCGCCGCCCCUCCCUCGCCCCGUCGAUAUACAUACGCCCAGCAAUGUCCAUAAGCGCUCCUUUAAUUGUUGGGUGAGGCCUCGCAAUCGCCCGACGUCGUGCUUCUCGUCUCUUGUGCCACACAAAGACGCUGUGUCGUGACCGUGAGUUUAUUAGGUAAGUCUUGCUCUGUAUUUUCCGGCCCUCGUGGUCGGCAGUUG